AUGCCAGCAUCGAAGAAGCGAACUUCAGAGCCUGCUUCGUUGUCGGACAAUGUUUCUGUGAAAAACCCAAAAAAAACGAGACCGGAUGAGCCACUACAGUCAGAACCCAAGAAAUCGCUGUACGUCAACAAUCUCAACGAUUCAGUGAAACUACAAACGCUGCGCGAAGGUUUAUUUUUGAUGUUCUCGACGUUUGGCGAAGUGCUGGAGGUCAAAGUUUCCAAAGCGACGCGAGGACAGGCGUUCGUGGUGUUGAAAAGCGUUCAGGAGGCCAACUUGGCCAUGAUCUCAUUGCAGAAAGAACCAUUUUUCGGUAAACCUCUCCGCAUAGCUUUUGCUCGCUCGGAAUCUAAGCUGGUAAAGCCUUGA